CAUCCCACUUAGUCACUAAACAUGUUUCUCAAGGUUGCAUUUGUGGCACUGUUUGUGGCAGGGACGAUGUCCCACCCUCAGUCUCAUAGCACCUAUAAACCACCAACCCCCACAUACGGCGUUCCUGGUCCUCAGGUUCCUGCUCGGUACGACUUCAACUGGACCGUCAAAGACGACCAGUCAGGUAACGACUACGGUCAACAAGAGUCCCGUGACGGCGACAACACUCAUGGCUCUUAUCACGUGCUUCUUCCCGAUGGUCGUGUUGAAAAUGUAGUCUACACUGUUAACGGUGACUCUGGCUACGUGGUCGAAGUGACUUACCAGGGCCAGGCCCAGCACCCAACACACCAGACCUACACUCCAGUUCCUGUCUAUGGUUAAAUGAACAGUGACAUUGAUAUAAGGUUAUGAACUUAAAUUUGUUGAAUAAAGCUCUGUAAAUAAAUUUGCAACAAUGAAUUAUAUUUUACUUAUUCUAAUAUCUAAAAAAGUAUGAAGUGCAAGAAAUUCAUGUUACAAAUGACGGAGGAUAUCUUAAAAAGGGAAAUUGAAAUUA